CUCAGCCCGUGUGAGCAUGCGCAAUUUGUGUCCUUCCAAUACCGCCGGCCUUUUCCCGCCCUUCUCUGGCCCUAGGAGGAAAGUCAGAGUUCACGCUCCUCUGGGGAUAUACCUGCUAUGCCGGGGAAAUACGAGGCCCAGUAGGUUGCAGACGUCAUUUUUGUGCUGAAUCUGAAGUGUCAAAGCACAUACUCUAGGACUGUCAGCUAGGCCGAGGGCCAGGAGGCGGGAAAGGGCCGUGUGGGUGGAGGGUCAGAGGUGAGAGGUCAGAGGGCCGCGAAGGGGGAGGAGCGAGGCGGAUGGCGGCUCCUCAUCUCCGGCUGCAGAGCCGCUGAAGCUGGGACGCGGGUCCGGCGGAAGAAGGAGAGCGACGGCCGCUCCCAACAUGCACAGCCUGGCGACGGCAGCGCCUGUGCCUACUACACUGGCCCAGGUGGACAGAGAGAAGAUCUAUCAGUGGAUCAAUGAACUGUCCAGCCCUGAGACGAGGGAAAAUGCUUUGCUGGAGCUCAGCAAGAAGCGAGAGUCUGUCCCUGACCUUGCACCCAUGCUGUGGCAUUCAUUUGGUACUAUUGCAGCACUUUUACAGGAAAUUGUAAAUAUUUAUCCAUCUAUCAACCCUCCAACUUUGACAGCACACCAGUCUAACAGAGUUUGCAAUGCUUUAGCAUUGCUGCAAUGUGUGGCCUCACACCCAGAGACCAGGUCGGCUUUUCUCGCAGCACACAUCCCACUUUUUUUGUACCCCUUUUUGCACACAGUCAGCAAAACUCGUCCCUUUGAGUAUCUUCGGCUCACCAGCCUUGGAGUUAUUGGGGCCUUGGUUAAAACAGAUGAACAAGAAGUAAUCAACUUUUUAUUGACAACAGAAAUAAUCCCUUUGUGUUUGCGUAUUAUGGAAUCUGGAAGUGAACUUUCUAAAACGGUUGCCACAUUCAUCCUCCAGAAGAUCCUCUUAGAUGACACUGGUUUGGCUUAUAUAUGUCAGACAUAUGAGCGUUUUUCCCAUGUUGCCAUGAUCUUGGGUAAAAUGGUCCUGCAGCUAUCCAAAGAACCAUCUGCCCGUCUAUUGAAGCAUGUAGUAAGAUGUUACCUUCGACUCUCAGAUAAUCCCAGGGCACGUGAAGCACUCAGACAGUGUCUCCCUGACCAGCUAAAGGACACAACCUUUGCCCAGGUGCUAAAAGAUGACACCACCACCAAACGCUGGCUUGCACAACUAGUGAAGAACCUGCAAGAGGGCCAGGUCACCGAUCCCCGGGGAAUUCCCCUGCCCCCUCAGUGAUCUUCCCUGUUCCUUCCCACUACCCCAUAAGUUGGGAAGUGGGGGGUGGUACCUCUGAGGAAAACAGCUCAGGUUUUAUUGCCGACUGGGAAUAGAUAGCCUCAAUGCUGAACUGCACUGGAGAAAAGGGGCAAGGUACCCGCUGAGGUGUGUGGGCUGACUGGAGGUCCUGGAUCCCCCUGCUGCCUCCAGGAAUUGGGCUCCUGACACAGCAGUCUGCCGCCACAGCCCCAGGAGGGUGUCAACACCAGCAAAUGCUGUAUUUGCAGCAUGCCCAAGAGGAGCCUGCUCCUGAACCUCUACUAGCCACUGGUAGAGAGGAGACAUGGUAAUAGCAGCAACACUCUAGGCAUGGUGAACGCCUGGGACCAGCCAUGUCGCUUCUUCUUGUCUUGUUUUUUCAACGUUGCCUUCCUGGAAGACUCAAGAUGUGUCUCCUCUCUCUCAAUAUUUGUUUACUUUGAGUUUUUGUUUUUAAUCUCAAGAGAGAGGUGUGUUUAAUGGACACAAGCUGUAGUUUUCAGCAAAACUUUGUCAAUUGGCACUGUUUACAAGUCUGUUAGCUGCAUAAGCUCAAUAAAAGUUGGUCUGGGCAUUGCAUCCCCUCUGGCAGGCCAAUAGCUGCAUCAGGCUGUUGGAUAGAAUGGGAGGCAGGGGAAGUGGAAAGCCAAAGGACAAGCAGGAACUCUCCACCUGUCCCCCUCUGCUACCGUUCUUUCAUUUCCAAGCCUGGCUGCCGUGAGUACCUCAACCUUGGUUCUGGCUUUAGCUACUAGCUUUUCCAAAUCUCAGCGCUUUCUGCUUCUUUUAACCACUUACACUUAAAGCAGAUGUCUUAAUUUACCCAACUUUCCUGAAAGAGUAUUGUACUGGGGCAGGAGGGAUGGCAGUCUUCAGAUCAAAGAUGAUUUCCGGGUGUGUCUUCUCAAGGGAAGCAAGCACUUGGAUCCAGGAUUAGGCUCUGUGAUACCAUUCUCCUAGUGUGAGUUUCAAUAACACCAUCUCUCCUCAUGACUAUACUUGAAGCAGUAUUAGCUAAAUGAUUUUCUUCUGAUUUAAGAUGAAUGGCUAGAUUCUGCUGGCUCAGUUUCCUCCCCCUUUUAACACAUUUUCUUUGGUCUAUGGAAACUACAGGGUUGCCACUAAAAUAUUUUUUACUUGUUGAUAAUGUGCCAGAGUUCCCCUUCCAUCUCUGUGGGCUUGAAUGUAUAACCUAUUGUAAACUGCCUUUCUUUCUGUGACCUUCCUCAUUGUCAGCACUUGUUCUUUCUCUGUCAUCCUCAUCUCCAAAGAUGGGAUUAUUGAUCCAUCUCUAGAGAGAGAUCAAUCUCCAGCCCAUGUCUCACACACCUGCAGAUAGCUGUAACAAGUUUGAGGAAGUUGUAUAAAGGGAUGACUACUUAGAGAAAAAUCUUUGUAGAGGCAGCUGAGCCAACCCAAGGGCUCUUUAAGCCGACUUUCACAAAGGAAGCCGGCCUUGUUAGUUGGCUUCUGUCUCUAGAGCCAAGAAAGUAGUGAUUAAGUAGCCUAGAUUUAGGAAGGAUAGAAUAAGCACUUAUUUCCUUGCCUUCCAAUUUGAAAAGGAGACCCUGGCCUCAGGCCUAAAGAGGAAAGGUCUUAGAGAAAACAGAAAACAGCAUCAAUUUGGCAUUUUGAUUCACUCCAGUUUGUGAUCUGAAAAGUUUAACUAGGGUACCCUGAUAUUUGAAAUUUGCCUUCCUACUGAGCCAAAGUUUCUCAUUCCUCUCCACUGGGGGAGCAGCUGAGGCCUGGGGCCUUGCUCCCUUGGGACAUUCUCUCCAUCUUUUGGUGCAUUGGCCAUGUUACUGUGCCAAUCAUGUCUUAAUUUGUGUCCCAUUUGUCCUCAGUUGGUCUUGGAGCCUACCUGCAUAGGAGUUGGACGGGGAGGGGUGCAAUGGGUCUCAUUCCCUGUGGUUGGUCCUGAUGUUGUAUGUAUUAUAUAGAGACUCUUCCCCUUAUUAUGUGUUUUCCAUCCCUCUCCCUCAACAGGAUUAAAAUAAAACAUGCUCUGGUUUUUUUUAAA